GUGUUCGUUGCAUUUUCAUUGUUGACUGUAGCGAUCACGCGCACGAGCGACCACGACAAGCUGUUCAUCGGCGACCACGACGGCGACGACGGCAGCCGCAGGAUUCUGUCAUGAACAAAAAUCCGUUUAUACCGCAACCGACAUACAACCCGCCGCAACCACCACUUCCUCCAGGACCACCACCUGCUGCACCUCCAGAUUAUUCUGCUUAUUGGGUAGCUGCUCAGCAGCAGCAACAGCAACAGGCGGCCCCAGCUUAUACUCCGGCAUGGUCUGCUCCUCAGCAGCCUCCAAGACCGCCCCCUGAACAAAGUGCUUUGUAUGCAAACUACGGUUAUGGCGGUCAGGGCAUGCACUGGCAGCAGAGACAUGGUCAUCCUCAACAACAACAGUAUCAGCCACCUCCACCUGUGGUCCAACCUCCGCCGCCUCCACCUCAACAGCAGUACAAUCCGUACCAACCGUCCGUUGGCUAUCAGCAACCAUAUGUUCCUCAACCCCAACAGCCAAUCGUGGCCCAGCAGCAGCCUGCGUACCCCCAUCCGACACAGACAAUGGCCCCUCCGCAAGCGUAUUUUCCUCAACAGCAGCCCCAACUUCAACAGCAGCAGCAGCAGCAGCAGCCUCGACAUAACCAUGGUCUUCAUCACACCCCGCCCCAACAUCUUCCCCCUGCCAAACGUCAACGGUUUGAUGGGCCGAAUCAGCAUCACGGUCAGAACCGACAACUUGGUGCGCCCCCUCCUCAACCUCAGUUCCAACCUCCUCCUGCACCGCCGGGGGGUGUUGGGCUUUAUCCCCAGAACCAAGGACAGGGUCAAGGGCAGCCUGGCGCCAAUCAGAUGCCCCUAGGUGGCAAUAGAGGUGGAAUGGGUGGAAGGGGGGGAGGCAAUGUAAACUCCGGCCGAGGCCGAGGCGCAGUCAUGAGUGGAAACCGGGGAGGAUUGACCGGACAACGUGGUGGCAGAGGCGGCAGCAUGUUCAUGAAUAGUGGCGGCGGACGAGGUGGCGUCACUGGUCAACAAAAUCCUCUGCGUGGACACGGCUCGAGAGGCGGCUUUAACAAGGACUUUCACAAUCGCAGAGGAGGCGGGUCGUUUAAUGCAGGACAUCAACAUCAUCAAAAUAAUCCUGCUUUCCGCGGGCGAGGACAAGGUCAUACUUCAGGUCGUGCAGGCCGCCAGGAUGGUAGUACAAAUUUUGGAAACCGUGAUGCAUCACAAUUUGCAAGCAGCGGUAAGAAGGACGAAAAUCGACGCACGCUCACUGACUUUAAAAUUGUGGGCCUCGAGAUGCCUGAACUUGGAUGGACGUGGGGAGUGCUACCAUCGCCUGUAAAGGCUGAAGAAAAAGAGGUCGCUGCUUCUCUUUUGGAAUCAUCACCAGAACAAGUUAAGGAUGAAGACAUGCUUGCUGGGACCGUGAAAUCAGAAUCCGCACCAACAGCAGACGCGGCAGAUACGAAGCCGGAUGCCUCCUACCAGGAGCAGUCGUCCUCAAUGACGACGCCUCCGCCCUCUCGCAUCCGCAUUUAUUUCCACACUCCUGUUUCUCCCGAUGACUCGCAUCCCAUUCCGCACAAUGCUUCGUAUACUGCACCUCCAGACACGCGCAAAGGCAAGCGCAAGAAGCUUGAGGAUGAUGAUGGCGAUGCAGAGGAAGGUCGAGAAAGACCGCCUCCUCCUCGCAGCAGCCAGAUGGACGAUAAUGUCAGUGUUGACUUGGAUGGAGUGGGCCGCGGAAGCGCGGCGCCCAGCGUGGCAGAAACUGCCAGUGAGGGCGAUUGGCUGAUGGCCGCUAUCGCUGAGGAUGAAGGCGACAUAGGCGCCGAUGCCGAUGCCGAUGCCGAUGCAGCUACCACCGUUGAUGAUAUGGAUGAAGAGGAGAGCCUUGCUGCAAGUGUUCCCCAUUUCGUUCCUGCUACGAAUACUUUUCUCAAUGGGGAUGGGAAUGGUGAGUUGAACCCUCCUUAUUUUUUGCUUUGGGUGGAUGCUUUCGAGCUUGGGGGGAGCGUCCAUUCGUGGCUCAAGGCUGUACAAACUAACUUAUAUCUUAAAGGCUCCCAUAAUACUGACAUGGACGGAAUAGCCUCUUCAGGAGGUGUUCAUGAGCAGUCUGAUGGCUCGCAUGCUGGGGACAAUGCUGCCCCGAAUGCUGAAGGAGUCAAGCCAUCAGCGUCCUCAGAUGUUGCUGCUGUUGACCUUGGUGUAAACCAUGGUAGUGCUGUCGCUACACAGCCGAACGUGGACAUUUUGGUUUCUGCGCCUGAAGAGGGUGGUGAUGCUUUGCCAGCUACCCAGCCUACCGGUGAUGAUAUUGUUGAUAGGCUCUUUGAUGCAUCAGCCACGCUAGCAGAUCCUUCUCAUGCUACUUUGAGUACUUCCUUUGACACGAGUUCUUCUACUGGUCAUGGUUCUCCUCCUGUUGUUCAGUCUGAUAUGCCUCACAGCGAGAAACAGUCUGCUGAUGAUGAUGGGUACCCUGAUACGCAGGUGUCCAACACACAGGCUUCCGGGCCGAAGCCCCUUCAAGCAGAGCCGUCGCUCGCGUCGACAAUUGUCGACGAGGAUAUGGGUCUUCUCACGUACUCAGAAGAGCAAGUUGUCUUAGAGCUUACUGGCGAAAUUCCAGCCGAGCACGAAGCCGCUAUGCAUGUCAAAGGUACCAACGACUCUGCGGAUCAAGAGCACCUUCCUGAGCCCCCUGCCUCUCCCACUUCGAAUACCUUGUUAUCGACCUCUUCCGGUUCAACGUAUGGCGAGCCAUCGCACCCUCCGGUGACUGCAACAGUAUCGAAAGGUGGUCGAGUGCCAUCUGCAAACCGCCUGUCAAUAUCAUAUGCUGCCGGUAGCAGGCGUUUGGUCGUGGACGCGGAAGUGGUUGACUAUCUGAAGGUUUACAGAUCUGAGGGUCGAAUCGAAGUCCACAUAUCCCUCGAUAAAGGAAGCGACGAUGGGCUCAAGGGCGUUUUGAUUGAGGGACUUUCUGAUGCGACAAAAUCAUAUUCUCCAUUAUCAACGCUGUCUGAAGCAUCCGGCACUGAUGAGACUCUGCCUUCCUUCUCGAAGGCUACGCUACCUUCAAAAAUCAGUUUGAUCGUCCAUCUUGAUACUGAGCGCCCAUUGUCGGAGCCUAAGUGGGUUAAAUCGGGAGAUGUCCAGGAGUGGCUGAAGAGCAUGUUUGGAAGAAUGUUUUGGGUGGCAGGGGAUGCUGCCGAUGGGUGGGAGAAAAAGAUCGCAGUUGUAGAUCCUGAUCCAGCUCCGACGCUUUGGACUGUGCUGGAUGGGUGGGCAGUCAACUCCCCUGUCGGUGUUCACACAGAACGACAACGUUUCGUGAAGACACAUUUGACUGAGGUAGAUAACAUGAUGGAGAUUCUUCUCAGGCUGGUCAGAGGCGAACGAGCAACCCCCUUUUCCCAAUCUACGCCCGCGAUAUCAGCUCCGAGUGUGUCGGGGCCACUUUUGGCCGCUCUCUCACAAUCCUCGUCGCACGGCGCCCAGCAGACACACGUAUCCUUGGCAGUACUAGCGUUGUUCCACAUGUCAGUGGACUUUGCACGGAAAGCCUCUGGUGAGAAGGGAAAGGCAGAGGCAGAGGAGAAGAUGAGUGAGAUAAUUCGAUGUCUACCGUCCCACCUAUUAUACAAGAGUCUUGACGGCAUGUUCAAGGAGUGGAGAGCGGACAAGAAGGGGAGCCGUUGAUAGAUAUGGCCGUUUGGGCUUUCUUUUUGUACAUAUCGUGUCCAGCUUUAAGGUUGUGUUACAUCAUGGUGCAUUUA